AUGAUUGAGGUACAGUUUGAUGUGAGUGUGAAGCAGAUGAGAACAGACAAUGGAAGUGAGUUUGUCAAUAAGGAAAUGGAAAGUUUACUGAGGGAAAAUGGAAUUCUCCACCAAAGAACUUGCCCCUAUACACCACAACAGAAUGGAGUUGUGGAAAGGAAACAUAGAUCCAUACUUGAGGUGGCAAGAUCAUUGUCCUUCCAAGCCUGUCUACCAAAGUUUCUAUGGCCCUACAGCUUGAUGGCAGCUGUGCAGAUAAUAAAUACUCUACCCAGUGAUAAGCUUGGUUGGAAAUGCCCCUUUGAGUUACUACAUGGAACAGCACCAAUCUAUGCAAUGUUCAGGAUAUUUGGCUGUCUAUGUUAUGCUAAGAAACUUGAGCCACAUAGAAGGAAAUUUGAUGAAAGGGCAGUAGCCUGUGCAGUCUUGGGAUAUGUCUCAGGGACAAAAGGAUAUAGGGUCUAUAAUUUACAGACUAAGGACAUCUUCAUCACUAGAGACAUUGUGUUUUAUGAAGACAAGUUUCCCUUCUUUCAAGAAAGGGAGACUGAGGGUGUACAACAAACUGCCAUGCCUCUACCUGUUAUUCAGAAUGAAGUGCAAGAAUACAUUGAGCCACUUCCUACACCUGGCCUUCAAGAACACAACACCACAGAACCAGAAGCUGUGCCACAGAGGAAAGGCAAUAGAGAAAGAAGGCCACCUUACUGGAUGAAAGACUAUAGCCAAUAUUCUAUGAACAAGCAAUCAAGGAUCAGAGAUGGGUGGAGGCCAUGCAAAAGGAGUUACAGGCCUUAG